AAACAAAAAGCUAAUAACCUAGUCGACCUCGAUUGCACGCAGCUACGAGAAUCCUCAAUCUUCAAUUUGUGCAGGGGAGAAUUUUCUGUCAGUAAUAGUAUAGCGCCAUGCCAUUUUCUGAACUAAGGAACCAAGCGUCCAGGACAUCUGCAACUUUGCGGCCGCAAUCAAUUGUUCUAUAGUUUUGUUUAGCAGGCUAAUCUACAAUAUGACGACUGAGAGAUACACUUCUGCACCGGCAACCUUGUCCGAAGAGAACGCUCUGUUUCUUGAUAUACUCCAUGAGGCCCCUCUCUUUGCUCAUCGGAAGCCUGCGAGAGUUGUUGGGAGUAUUUUCUAUUGCUUCCUAUUGGCUGGUUAUACUACUCUGGCCGUAGGAGCUCCGUGGAUACUGCGCCCCUUACAAGGACUGAUCUCUCCUAUGCUUUGUACUUGUGAUGUUUUUCUGUUAUUAAUCACAGGAAUGUUUCAACAAUAUUUGGUUUACCAAGUGCAGAAGAUACGCUUGCAGGGCUAUUAUAGUUUCAGCCAGAAGUUGAAGUAUAUUAUUCGCAUUCCCUUUGCCAUCACCGCUUAUGGAACUGCUGCAAUGCUACUUGUUAUGGUCUGGAGACCCCACAUAAGUUUUCUCUCAAUCUCUGCGAUUUUGAGGAUUAUUAUGGUACUAGAAGCGCUAUGUGCUGGAUCUUUUAUGAGCCUUUAUAUCGGUUAUAUAUACCAGUACAAUUCGUUAAACUCUCAGCCUGAUGUUCUGAAGUCCUUGUACUCUCCACUCCAGCCAUCAAGUUCUUUGGAGGGUCUAAGGUACCAUGAUGGUGGGAGGCUUUCUGAUCAGCAAAUGGCCUUGCUGCAAUAUCAGAGAGAGAAUCUUCAUUUUUUGAGUGAGGAGAUUCUUCGGCUGCAAGAGUGUUUAAGUAAAUAUGAAAGAACUGAUGAUGGCAGUGCCCCACAGGUUGAUCUUGCUCAUUUGUUAGCAGCUCGAGAUCAAGAAUUACGGACACUUUCUGCUGAGAUGAAUCAAUUGCAAUCUGAACUAAGGCUUGCUCGGUCUUUGAUUGCUGAGAGAGACUCAGAGAUAUUGCGUGUUCGCACAACCAACAAUCAGUAUGUAGAGGAGAAUGAAAGACUCAGAGCUAUAUUAGGGGAAUGGAGCACCCGUGCAGCUAAGCUUGAACGAGCAUUGGAAGCGGAGCGGAUGGCAACUCUUGAAUUGCAGAGGAAGAUUUCUAUGCUAGGAAACCAAUCACAUACACCAGCUGAACCGUCUGAACAUGGAGCUUAAUCACUUGAUGGGAAAAUGUAUGGAUUGUUGCUCCCAUUAGAACCCGCUUCGUUGUUUUCUGAUUCACCUCAAACUCUGUUGUAUUGUAAAGGGGAUUGGACGAGCCUUUAUAGCAUUCUUACACUGGCGGAACAUCAACACCCUGUUUUACGCAGGGUUUUCUCUUCAUGAUUCGAAGGGUCAAUAUAGCAGGAUUUAUCCUCUUUCCAUUUA